AAGAAAUAGAGCAACCCUUGUGAUUCACGAGAUAACGCAAACCAUUGUCUCUCAUCUCUACAAAUAAAAAAUAUCUCUUUCUCUUCUACGUGUCUACAAAAUCUUUACAGCUUUGUCUCUCUCUGCUUUGUAGUAAUAUCCUCUCCUCAAUAGAUUUGUUAUGUUCUUUGUUGGUUAUCUAAGAAAGACAAAUGGGUUGCUAUAGUUCGAAAGCCAAGACAGAAGGGAGAAAGGAAAAGAUUAGAAGGCCAAAAUCAUGGAAACAUCCUCAGCCAAUAUCAAGAGCUGAGCUCACACAGAUGCGAGAGGAGUUUUGGGACACAGCUCCUCACUAUGGAGGCAAGAAAGAGAUCUGGGAUGCGUUAAGAGCUGCAGCAGAAGAAGAGGAUUUGUCUCUUGCGCAAACCAUAAUCGAUAGUGCCGGAGUGAUUGCUCACAACACUGACCUCACCAUUUGUUACGAUGAGAAAGGUUCCAAAUAUGAAUUGCCUAAAUAUGUUCUAAGGGAUCCUUCAAACUUGAUCAGAACAAAAUAAAGUAAGAAGAAGAUAGGAGACAAGCUCGUUUGUGUAUGUUUGUUUGUCAUCCAAGGAAUCAUGAAUCAUGUGUGUUUUAAGUUAGUUAUGUGGUUAUCUUUGCUUGGAUUUGUCAUUUGCUGUCAGGAGUGACAUGGAUGAUAUUACAAGCGUCCAAAGAAUUCUUCAUAGUUUUUUUUCACUUUACAUAAAGAAGCAACUUUGAUCAAUAUAAUAGUAUGAGUCUCUUUACCUAAUUACCAUCAUCUUAACAAUAAUUGUAAUUUACUUAUUUCUCUUGUUUCUCUAUAUUCGCUAGCUCCUCUCUUUUUGUGUAAUUUGA